GCACUACAUAGUAUUCUCGGAAUCAUAGAUUUUUUUUUUUUCAGUGCCCGUAAUCUCCCAAAUCGCCACGGCUCAUACCCGUAAGUUGCAUUGAAUGACAUGCUACUAGACAUAUUUUUAAUGUAUAACACAGGGAAGCACUUCACCCUGCUACAUGGGUCGAGCCUCAUCCAGAUAUGAUCGCUGUGGGAGCGGUACUUCGAGAUCUUCAACAUUCAUUCACGCUCAAAAGCCACGAACGUAGGCGUAGGAGGUACUACCAGGUUCCCCCGGUCAACAUAGCUCAGAGUGGCUUUUUUUAAUAUUCCUCUUUGCAAGUCAAUUCUCUCACCGGCAUGAUCAGUCAUAGUAUUCGUGAAACCAGGAUUUACUUUUUGGAUUCGAAUAUCCCCACAGCCCCGGCAAAACACCAUCGGAUUUUGAUCGCCAAAUGCUGGACAUCCGUACAAUGAAUCCUCCGAUACUUACCUGAGUAGGCGAUCCGUCCUUGGGCGCUUCUAGCCAAGAAUCGCAAUCCACCGAUGGCAAUACUUAAAAGGGGAGGAUGACUAGGUAGUGGGUGAUGAGAACGGCACACCCUCUUAUACCAACUCGCUAGAAAAUACUUGUAACGGUUUGCGUAUCUAGCGGGCAAGCAUGCCAUUUCAAAUUGAUGGAAUCGCGGUGGUUACAGGUGCUGGUAGCGGGAUUGGAAAGGCCUGUGCCCUGGCCUACGCUGCGGAAGGUGCACGAGGCGUCGUAGUCGCGGACCUGAAUUUUAACGCAGCUACACAAGUAGCGCAGGAGAGCAGGGCCAUUGCAAUUAACAAGGAAUUCAUAGCGGUUCCUAUAAUAGUCGAUAUUACUAAUACUUCGAGCGUUGAGAAAAUGAUUUCUGCAGCGGUGGAACACUUUGGACGCAUUGACUAUCUCGUGAACAGCGCAGGAAUCGGCACAAAAGAGCAUCGGACCGUCGACCAAGCCGAUCUUUCUCAAAUGAACCGAUUUUGGCAGGUUAAUGUCAUCGGUACCGUUAAUUGCAUCCAGGCCGCUACAAGGGUGAUGAAGAAUCAAGAUAUAGCUACCGUCAAUGUCAGAGGGGCCACCCGUCAGGUCGGUCGGGGCGUCAUCUUGAACCUAGGCUCCGCCAAUUCGUACAUGGCAACUCGUGAGGGAUCUCCGUAUAUCGCCUCGAAACAUGCCGUAAUGGGUUUAACUAAGAGCCCUGCUUUGGAUCUUGCCCAGCAUCAGAUACGAGUCAAUGCGAUUUGUCCUGGUUGGACUAGAACCCCCAUGCUUGAAGACGCUAUGAAUGACAGCCCAAAUUUGUCUGAGACAAUGAUGAACUCCGUUGUGCCACUAGGCCGGACCGCAACGCCAGAAGAAAUCGCAGAUGUGGUGGUAUUCACGACCAGCCCUCGGUCUAGCUAUGUCACAGGUGUUGGUUGCAUUGUUGAUGGGGGAGCAACCCUCCAGGUCAAGACUUACUAGAAUUUACACAUUCGGUACCUAGGUACUUAGAACUCGCUUAACUCAGCGCGUCUCUCUAUAUUUAUUAUAUAUCCGUAACCGGCAGUUCUAGUUAGUUCCUAGUCCAAUACUAUAUUUUUCAUAUAACGGGGACGAUAAUCAAGUGAUUGGGUUAACAAUGUCAUGAUGUACCCAAGUCCCCGUGUCUGUAGCCAGCCUUACAAC